GAAAUCAGAAGGAAGGAGGCAGAGAAGGUUGAAUGAGGUUUGUGUGAGGUGGGCUGCACUUUCAUUGGAGCUGUCAUAGUACUUUUUACCGUCACUUGAGGACUAACGAAUACCGUCCUGAAUCUGACCUGCUGUUGGACUUCAUGUGCUGAAGGAGAAUCAGUAAGAAUUAAAACCACCGGGGCUCGCGCUGUCCGUCCUCGUCAGAGAAAAAGACACACAGAGACUUAUGCGGGAUUCGCUGCGUGGGUCUGUCCGGUGAGAGACUGCUUGGAUUUUAAACCGACAUGGUGGGUUAACGUUUGAGUGAUACGGAGACCGUCCGGUAAAUUUCUGGCAGGAGCAAUGAAUGAUUUCGCGCGCGGUGCGCGUGAGUGAAAACGCUCGCGUAACUGUUGCUGUGAACGGCUGUCUGCAUGAACAUGAGGAGAGGAAAUAACUGAAACAAACUGCGUGGCUUGGCAGUAGGCAGUAACUGAAGAUGAGGAGGCGCUGGUGGCGAUCGGGCUGUCUGGGGUUGGCCAUUGACUUGUUUGUUAUCAUCACCCAAAUCUCAGCUCAAAACACUGAGGACUGGCACUAUGAGGAGUGUAAGUUGUCACGGUCGGGUCCACCUGCCACAAUUGUGACCAUUGAUGAAGAAAGUCCAAAUGGUACCGUUCUUGUGGAAAACAUGCAGAUCAACGGUCGAGCUCAGGAUCCAGAUAGAACCAUAUCGUUGACGCUGCUGGACAACUACGAUAACUGGGUUGUACUUGACCCUGCGCUGCAGAGACUGUAUCUCAACAGCACCGGACGAGUGCUGGACCGAGACCCACCCAGUUACAUCACCACCAUCGUGGUUCAGGUUCAGUGCACCAAUGAGCUGGUGGGAACAAUCAUUUUGCAUGAAGUACGGAUAGUGGUGAGGGACAGAAAUGACAACACGCCUCGUUUCCAGCAGCCUCGUUACUAUGUAUCAGUUAAUGAGCUCACUCCUGUCGGUACCACCAUCUUCACCGGCUUCUCAGGAAACAAUGGAGCCACGGACAUCGAUGACGGGCCGAAUGGACAGAUCGAAUACGCCAUUCAGUACAACCCAAAUGACCCGAUGUCAAACAGGACCGUGCGUGUUUCUGGGACGCUGUCUGGUAAUAUUGUUUUGGCAGAGCGGCUGAACUAUGAGGACAGAACUCGCUAUCUAAUUAUAGUCCAGGCUAAUGACCGGGCUCCGUAUCCGGGAACUCGUCGCACGGCAACCACUACUCUAACUCUGGAUGUCUCGGAUGGAGAUGAUCUGGGUCCUAUGUUCCUCCCAUGUGUUCUGGUCAACAACACACAGGACUGUAACCCCAUCACAUACCGUGUGGCUAUUCCUGAGCUCACCGACCCGAGCAAGCUGAACCCUUUGAAUGUGACACCUCCCAUUCGAGCCAUCGACCAGGACAGAAACAUCCAGCCACCCUCAGACAGACCGGGAAUCAUGUACUUCAUACUAGUUGGUCAACCUGCCACGUACCCAGAAUUCUUCUCGCUCAACAGGAGCACGGCUGAGCUGCGGCUGCUGAAGCCUGUGGACAGAGAGCUGUACCAGCGCUUCAAUCUCGUUAUUAAGGCCGAGCAGGAUAACGGUCACCCUCUUCCUGCAUACGCUGACCUGCAGAUUGAAAUUCUGGAUGAGAACAACCAGGCGCCAUAUUUCCAGCGUUCCUCGUACCAAGGCUUCAUCAGUGAGUCUGCCUCGGUUGGCACCACCAUCUCAGGGGUUGCCAACCUCACGGCCCCGCUGGGCAUCAUCGCACUGGACAAUGACAUAGAAGAGACUAAAGAUCCUCAGUUGAAGAUCACUCUGAAUGACUACAUCUCCAUCUUCUCCAUCACAUCUACUGGCAUCACACGCUACAUUACUCUACUGAAACCAGUGGACCGAGAGAUACAGACCAACUACACCUUAACGCUGGUGGCAUCUGAUGGCGUUCAGCAGAGCAGACCGGUGACGGUGGACAUCCUGGUCAUCGAUGCGAAUGACAACACACCCACUUUCAGUCAGGUGUCCUACAGUGUGGAGAUCUUCACUAACAUGCUGCCCGGACAGACCGUCCUGCAGUUGACGGCUCAGGACGCUGACGCUGGUUUAAACGGCCUCAUCACAUACGCCAUCCUGGCUGGAGAUCAAGGUGAUUUCAUCAUCAACAACCGCACAGGACGAAUCACCUUAGCACCAGGGGUCAGACUGACUGUCGGCCGUUCCUACACGCUGACCGUCAGAGCGUCAGACAACGCUCCUGACACAGAGAGGAGGAGCUCCAUAACUACAGUCUACAUAGAGGUUCUGCCACCCAACAAUCAGAGUCCACCACGAUUCCCCCUACAGACCUACAACCUGGAGAUCAGCGAGGCCAUGAGGAUAGGAGCCAUACUGCUGAAUCUGCAGGCUACAGACCGAGAGCUGGAUCCCAUCGUCUACCAGAUACGGAGCGGUGACCCGCAGCAGGUCUUCAACCUUUCACAAACUAUAGGUCUUCUGCUGCUGGCCAAACCUCUGGACAGAGAGACCAUUGACCAGUAUCGCCUCAUCGUCACGGCAUCUGACGGCCACCCAGGAGGGAUUUCCACGGCUACUGUCAGCAUUGUCAUCACGGAUGUUAAUGACAACGACCCCAGCUUCGACCUCACUCUACUCAGAAACCUAACCGUGAGGGAGGAAGAGGCCAAUGCGUUCGUGGGUCGAGUCAGGGCCACUGAUCCUGAUGCCGGGCUCAACGGUCAGGUCCGCUACCGUUUGCUCUCCUUUGCGUCUCUGUUCACCAUAAACGCCGCGGGCAGCAUCUUCACCGCGGUGCCGCUGGACCGAGAGACUCGGAGCCAGUACGAUCUGAUCGUGGAGGCAUCAGAUGGAGCGGUGGACCCUCGCAGGACCACCAUCACACUGUUGGUGGAGGUGACAGACAUCAAUGACAACAGCCCUGUGUUUUCCCAGCCCAUCUACACCGUCAGCGUCCCAGAAAACACCCCGACUGGAACCGUCAUCCUGAGACUCAGUGCGGUGGAUGCCGAUCUCGUCUCUAACGUGACCUACAGAAUAAAAACAGAAGCGGCUCGGCAGCUCUUCGCCGUGAACCGUCUGACCGGCGCCGUAUCAGUCCUGCAGGCACUAGACUUUGAGGACUUGGCAGCAGGCAACAGCACCUACACGUUUGAAGUGGAGGCGUUAGAUCACGGAGGAGUCCUUCCUCCUGGAGCAGCCACAGUCAUCGUUAGAAUCACGGAUGUGAAUGACUUCUCCCCGGUCUUCAGACAGGCACUUUAUAAAGGGCUGGUGGCUCCAAAUGCAGAGAAAGGGACAGUCAUCACAACUGUGCUUGCAGAAGAUCAGGACCCUCCAGGUAUGCCUGCCAGUAAAGUGCACUACAGAGUGGAUCAGGAUCUGUCUCCGUACAGCGGAAGCAUCUUUGAUGUGGAGACUGACACAGGACGAGUUAUCACCAAAGUCAACCUGAACGAGCAGCCCAAUGCUGUCUUCAGGCUGGUGGUCAUCGCCUAUGAUGAUGGAGAGCCGAUGAAGAUGAACAGAACUACAGUGGAAAUCAGUGUGCUUCAGCCCUCCAGGAUUCCCAUCUUUACAGAGGAGGAGUACAGGUUUAGUCCGGUGAGUGAGAGCGCUCCUGUCGGGACGCCUGUGGGAAUGAUUCUGGCCGCAGCCGUCAACACAACUGUCUUUUACUCCAUAGUGAGCGGAAAUGAAGGAGGUGAGUUCAUGGUCAACAACCGCACUGGGAUCAUCUACACAAAUAAACUUCUGGACUACGAGAGCGUGACCAGUUAUGUGCUCUGCGUGGAGGCCGACUCCCUCGCCAUCAUCCUCGUCAGUCUACGCGCUCCCUCCAAAACAAACACAGCGAAGGUAUUUAUCGAUGUGCUGGAUGAGAAUGAUCAUCCUCCGGUCUUCACAAGGUCUCUUUACAUCGGAGGAGUGACUGAAGAUACUAAGACCUUCACCACAGUACUGAAAGUUGUGGCAACAGAUAUGGACACGGGAAACUACAGUAAGAUGGCCUACAGACUAAUCAUCCCCCCCACUUCUGAGGGGCAGGACAGUUUCGUCAUUGAGCCGUACACUGGCGUCAUCAAGAGCGCCAUCAUGUUCAGAAACAUGCGCCGGUCCUACUUCAAGUUUGAGGUCAUCGCCACAGACAACUAUGGGCAGGGACUGAGCGGCAGGGCUAAUGUGGUGGUGUCUGUUGUCAAUGCCUUGGACAUGCAGGUUGUGGUCUCUAAUGUGCCGCCCACUGUGGUGGAGGAGAAUAAAGAGCAGCUGAUUAGUAUUUUGGAGCGCUAUGUGCAAGAUCAGAUCCCUGGUGCUAAAGUGAUAGUGGAAUCGAUCGGCCCUCUGCGGCACGGAGAAGGUUAUGAACUUGAGGACUACACCAGAUCAGACCUGCAGGUGUACGCCAUCGACCCUCUCACCAACAGAGCCAUCUCCAGGCAAGAGCUCUUCAAGUUUCUGGACGGCAAGAUUCUGGACAUUAAUAAAGAGUUCCAGCCGUUCCUGGGCGAGGGCGGGCGGAUUCUGGAGAUCCGUUCUCCUGACAUCGCGGCGAGUGUGAAGAAGGCUGCGCAGGCGGUGGGCUACACAGAGGGGGCUCUGCUGGCGCUGGCCAUCAUCAUCGUUCUGUGCUGCAUCCCUGCUAUUCUCAUCGUCAUGGUGACAUACAAACAAUUCAAAGAGAGGCAGGCCGAGUGUGCCAAAACCGCCCGUAUCCAGAUGGCUCUUCCUGCCGGAAAAUCGACAGGAGGUGGCGCUCCGACCAAUCUCUAUGAGGAGCUGGGAGACGGCAGCAUCAGGCGUGGCUUUGGCAGAGAGCAGCAGCAGCAGCUGUUGAGACCCUCUCUGCUCCGGCCUGAGGCUCUCUCCAUGGAAUCCGGUAUCGACCCUGGACAAGAUUACUAUUCCCAAGACUACUAUAGCUACGAUCAAGGGUAUGAACCCUAUCCACCCUACGGCAGCCGCAGGAGGCUGAUUACACCUAUGUAUGAUGAGUAUGGAGAGGCCAUCAUGGAAGAUGAAGGAUAUUACUAUGGUGGACCAGAGGCUGGCAAAAGGAAGCGAAUCAAACUGCUGUUGGACCGAGAGCAUGACACGACCUCAACAGGAGAAGACAGUGGACCAGACGUCCAGCGCAAUCGCAUACCCAACAUCAGCAGCCACAGUAACAUCAACGGAUCGGUAUACCUUGCCCAAAAUGGUACCAUCAUCCGAACGCGGAGGCCCCCUUACCCCAACAACUUAAAACUGGGCUCACCAACACGAUUAGGUAAACAGUUUAAAAAACUGGACAAGCUAGGUGUCACACAUGAAGAGCAUUUACCUUUAAAUGGAACAGAAGACAAUGGGCCUACUAUCAGCACCACCACUGCCCUUUCCUAUGUUACUGAUCACAACCUUAACUCCAAAGAGUGCAGUGUAAUUGGACCUAACAGCAUAGGGUCCAAAUCCAACAUCUAUAAAGCCUGUUCGGAGCAGGAUAAGGGGUGCUGUGAGCAGGAGUCCUCAGUGGACAAUGGGGAAAUUAAAGAGUUGGUAGAGUCUCAAUGUGAGCAAACGCUGUCUGAUGAAGAAGAGCUCUGGAUGGGUCCCUGGAACAACUUACACAUACCAAUGACAAAACUCUGAUUUCUAGUUUUGCUAAUGCUGAUGGUACUGUUUCUAUUUAGUUUCCUUUCUAGUCUUUUCUAUCUUCUAUUUGGGUUCUAUAAAGAGUUUAUCUCGAUUCUGUUGUACACACAUCAGACACCGACUAAGAAAUGUGAUUCUCUUAUAAAGAAUUCAUGCAGAUGACUAUAUUUCACUUCUUAUUGUAGUGUCAGAUUAAUUGUUGUGGAAGACAGGGCUAUUCUGUACGAAUUUCUUUGCCUCAAGUCAGCCGUUUCCAAGAUGUAUAAAACUUGUGUAAUUAAAGAUAUUAGUUAUCAGAUAUGAUUUCACAAACAGACAAUACAAAAAAAAAUGUAGCCGAAUCAAACCGUUUAGAAAGUGUGUCCAUUACAGCUUUGACUGAAUAGUAUUUUUUAAUAAAUGAAUCAACCAACGGUUGUUCAAAAACUCCCUAAAAAUCAGUAUAACCAGUGAAGGCUGCUACACUCAGUUAUUCCUCACGUUUUUAAUGGAUGUAUUUUUUACAUUGAGAAUAUAUAUAUGGUUGUAAUGGCCCGAAUAUUUUGAAAAGAUUAUUUACAUAGGUCUAUAAAUGUAUACGUAAGUAUAAUAUAUACAGUCUAUGUAUUUUGAUAACUUCAACAAUUAUUUUCAUCAAAAAUUGAAUUUUUUUUGUUUUUGUUUUUUACACUGGUCAAAUAGUUUGAAGCUUCGAUUCAUAAUCAUCAUCCUCAUGAAUAAAAAUGUGAACAUGAUCCAAACAUGUUUGUCAAUAAAUCGACAAUUAGCAAACAUUUUUUAUGUUCAUACAUACAAUGUUCAUACAAUGGAAUG